AGCGGUGCCAGACGUUAUACAAACAGAUCUUUGAAAUAAUCUCAUUAAAUUAUUAUCAGAUUAUGUUUUAAUUGUAGGUACGCUACACGCAAAGCUUAGUUGCAAAUAGUUCAUAUAGCACAGCGUGUGUACGGUCUAUGAGAAAAUAUUUCGCACAAAAUAAGAAGCCUUAAAAUAUUUUAAUUGAAACAAAGGUCGCAUAUAAUAUUUAAUUUAAAAUGAAGGAAAAAGUUACGUUCUGCGCUUUCGUCACUCAGAGUUUGGCGGCCAUUAUUAUCGCGUUUCUGACAAGUCUAACAGGUUUUGUGUAUGGAUGGCCAUCGUACACACUUGCAAAUUUCGUUUCAAACGAAACUCUGCUCUCACAUCCGAUGUCAAAAUUAGAAGUUUCACUGUUGGGAAGCUUGACGAAUCUUGGAGCUUUGGUAGUAACACCAUUUAUAGGUUACAUUCUGGACUCAAUUGGGCGAAAGUAUUCAGCCAUGUUAUUUGGACUACCAAGUGUGAUUGCAUGGUCUGUGCUGUGUAUAACGAACUACGUGCCACUCAUUUUAUUAGCCGUGGGUUUCGCUGGAGUGGGCGCUGCUGGGCAGGCUGUGUCAUCUGUUUAUAUAUCUGAAAUCUGCCAAAAUUCUAUUCGUGGUGCUCUUACUUCAACUACAGUUUCUGGGUACUUUCUUGGUCUUCUAUUCACUUAUACGAUAGGUGGUCGUUUGACAUAUCAUCAGGUGAUCUACGUUCACCUAUCUCUGUCUAUUCUGUAUGUCUUGCUCUUGGCCGUACUCCAAGACUCUCCGGUCUAUUUGAUGCAAAAAGGAAGGGAACAGGAAGCGGCUAGGGCUGUGGCAUUUUACCGCCGUGUGCCCGUGAGAUCUAAAGAGGUGGAGGUGGUGAUAGCUAAUAUAAAGCUCCAGCUAGAUCCACAAUCAGCAAAUACUUUACUAGCUCAUGAAGAUUCAAGUAAACAUCUGAUUAAAGCUAAGUUGAAGGAAAACCCUAAAGAGCAGUCAGCAUGGGCGUAUUUGAAAAAAUCUGAAUCUUCAAAACGGGCCUUAGCGACAGUUAUAAUCGUGAUGGUAACUACAAUCUGCAUGGGUUCCAUCGCUCUUCAAGUAUAUGCAGAGCCACUAUUCAAGGAAGCAGUCCCAUCUAUGGAUCCCAAUCAGUGUUCAAUAUAUUUGGCUAUAGUUUAUGUAGUGGCUAGUCUCGUAUGCUCUGUGCUGUUAGACAGAUUGGGCAGAAAGUUCUUAUUAACUACUACAUCUGUUGGAUCCGGAAUCCUGACAUUGCUAUUGGGUACACAGCUGAGAUACCACUGGGCUCCUCACUGGGUCACUGCUACAUUCAUCUACGUAUUUGGUUUUGUGUACAACCUUGGAGCAGCGGUUGUACCGUUUGUAUUGACAGCUGAAGUGUUUCUGCCAGAGGUUCGUGGCCUCGGCAACAGCAUAACCAUGGCUUUCAUGUGGAUUAUGAACUUUGCUACCCUUAUUGUCUUCCACCCUAUAGUUAAUAUUAUUGGCUUAGGAUUCACCUUCUGCUUAUUCUCUGUUGUCUGUUUUUUCGGGGCUAUUUACAGUCAGUUCUGUCUUCCUGAGACAAAAGGACUGUCAGCAGAUGAGAUACAGUUGCUGUUCCAGAAAAGACCUAAUCAAGUUAGAAACAACAAAGUCUAGCUUUUUUUUAACAUACCUUAAAAUCUAUUUAAUGUAUUCAAGCUUGUCAAUUUUACCAUUUGAAGAAUGAGAAUUAUUAUAAUAUCUGUCUGAUAAGUCGCUGAAAGUAACUUAAUCAGAAAGAAUGUGUGAAAGCAUACACAUUUCGGUCAACUCCAUUGUUUUUCGACUUUAAAACAACUGAUUUAUGUAUAAGAUUAAGGUUCCAAUCCUAUUAUGUUGAUAACAAUACCAGAAGUGACGAGAGCUUGCAUUAAAAAAAAAGUUCAAAAAAACUUUCAUUCAAAAGAUCAGCAUAAGUGAAAUAAAUUGUUACUACAUAAUUUAUUCCAAAGGAUGAUCUUUUGAAUGGAUAUUUCUCGAAAAUGAAUAUUAUUUCAAAGCUACAUUGAAACUGUUUAUUAUAAUCUAAAG